AGAGAAGAUAUGGAUUGCGAUCACACCGAAAAUGUUUCUACCAUCGUUGCCAAAGUGCGAAGUGAACGGCUGAUGAAUUUUCUCGAACGGAUAGCUCGAACCGUUCGAACGGAUGAUGCAUAUUCAAGAACGGAUAGCUGGAGGCGUUCGAACGGAUUAUGAAUAUUCAAGAGCGGAUAGCUAGAGGCGUUCGAACGGAUGAUUAAGUUUCUUAAACGGAUAGCUCGAACGGUUCGAACGGAUGAAGAAUAUUCAAGAACGGAUAGCUUGAGUCGUUCAAACGGCAUGCCAAUCCAGUCGAACGGCCGAUGAACGGCUGGUGAACGGCUAUCCGUUUUAAAACGGCUGACCGUUUGGAACGUUUUCUCGUGAGAGGUAACAUAUUUUAAAACAAUAGUCAUAUAUUUGCAUAUUGCAUCGUUACUAAAUAGUAGCUCAUAGGUUUUUCAAAAUGGCGGAAUCCGCAUCGACUGAAUACCGCCCUCCUUCGGGCCACAACGAGGACUUUGUGGGAGCAGUUGACGAAGAUUUUCAGUGCGUGAUAUGUCAUCUACCACUAAAGGAACCAGUUCUUACGAGAUGUGGCCACAGAUACUGCAAACAAUGCCUUGAAGGGCAUAUUAGAUGGCAGCGAAGUCAAGGACAAUACUCAACUUGUCCGUCAGACAGGCAGAAUCUGGACUCAGACAAGGACAUUUUCCCCGAUAAAGCAACAGAAAGAAAGAUUCUCUCCCUUACAAUCAGAUGUCCUAAUGAUGACUGUGAAUGGACUGGGGAACUGAGGGACAAGGAGGUCCACCUCAGAUCUUGUCCUUUUCAUCAAGUGCUGUGCUCCAACAACAACUGUGACACAAAAAUCCAAAGAAGACUUCUUAAACAACACGAAAAUAUUGCGUGUAUCUGGAGAAUUCUUCAAUGCACAUACUGUUCUGAACCCCACCCAGCGUGCAAAAUGCAAGAACACAUGACACAGUGCAAUAAGUUUCCAGAGACUUGUCCUAACAACUGUGGUCGUUCAAUUUCAAGGGAUAUGGUUUCGACUCACACUAAAGAUGAAUGUCCGCGGACAAUCAUUUCCUGCCCAUUUGCACGGGUUGGUUGUAAACAAAAGGUCGAGCGUCAGGAAAUGGAGUCUCAUCUUGAAUCAACAACAAGAGUCCAUCUUGAUUUCACUUAUUCUAGCAAUAAUAACACGGAAGAUGAGUUAAAGGACACAAAAGCUAAGUUACAUGAGAUAAAAGCUGAGUUAAAUCAGACAAAAGCUGAGUUAAAUAAGACAAGAGCUGAGUUAAGUAAGACAGAAGCUGAGUUAACUAAGACAAAAGCUGAGUCAAGUGAGACAAAAGCUGAGUUGAAAGAGGCCGUGAAGCAACUAAAGUUGUUAAGUGUAAAGCAUACAAACUCUUUCCUUUGGCGGAUCGACGGUUUCAGUGAGAUUUUAAAACGGGCACAGACCGAUGAAGACAAAAAUAAUAUAUGCAGUGAUCCAUUCUACACAAAAACUGGAAAAGAAAAUUGUGGUUACAAGUUAAAAGUACGUGUUCGUCCAAAUGGCGAUGGUGAUAGCAAAAAUACUCAUCUUUCGGUUUACAUUAUUGUGAUGAAGGGAGAAUAUGACGCAAUAUUACCCUGGCCUUUAGCUGAGAAGGUGAGGUUCACAUUGAUUGAUCAACAGGAGGAUCUAGACCAACGGCAAAACAAAACUCUGGAGAUCUUUGGGAAAGAAAGUAUGAGCUUUGCAAGGCCUGUGACAGACGAGAACAUCGGAUUGGGUAUUCGAAAGUUCGUUUCUCGUGAGGAACUUUAUGCGAGACGCUUCAUUGUGGAUGACACUUUGUUUCUUCAGGUUGAAGAAAACCACUCAACUCAGGCACAGAGGUGGAACUAGGAACGGGGAACCAGUGGAACGGGGAACGGGGAACGGGUGUACAGCGGUAACCCACCUGAGAAUUCCAAUAUGGCGGAGUAAACGAUGUUUACAAACACUGAUUUUAUCGCUAGGUCGCCGCUUGCAGCGAAAUUAGACGACUCGCUUUUAUUUAAUUAUGGCCCAGGCGAAGAGAAGAAGCCUAAUAUUCUGAGACGAGAAUUCGAAGUCAACGUUUCUGCAAUGGCUGCCACCAUUUGUUCUGACGUCUCCCUUUGGUUUUCCUUCUUG